UGGCAUUGUUGACCAACACUACUUGUUCCAACUGACGUUGCCAGCACUUAUCCAAUGACAGAUUCUUUUACGUCAAACUUUCAUUUCCUAUAGGAUAUUGAAUUUGCACUAGCGAAAUGGCAAAGACAAAGGGUGAGAAACGCAACAAGUCGGCGAUCAACGAAGUCGUCACCCGCGAGUGCACAAUUCACUUGGCCAAGCGUGUGCACAACAUUGGCUUCAAGAAGCGUGCGCCCCGCGCCAUCAAGGAGAUCCGCAAGUUUGCCGAGCGUGAGAUGGGCACCAACGAUGUUCGCAUCGACACCCGCCUCAACAAGCACAUCUGGUCCAAGGGUAUCAGAUCGACGCCAUUCCGCGUUCGUGUGCGUCUUGCCCGUCGCCGCAACGACGAUGAGGACUCACCCAACAAACUGUACACCCUGGUGACAUACGUGCCGGUGUCCACUUUCAAGAAUUUGCAGACGGAGAACGUGGAGUCAACUAGCGACGAUUAAGCAGGAAAACAGAUUACACCCAUAACGCCGCUAACGAAAAACGUUAAUAAAAAGUAAUUUUUAUUUAGAAAUAA